GUGUAAAGGACCACAACAUUUGACUCUCAAGAGGCAAGAGGUGACGGAGCGCGCAGCUCGCCGCCAAAAUCUCCUCUUCUCAGUCCAUCAUGCUCUUUUUACAGGCGCUUCUAUUACCGUGCAGAACAAUUCAGGGUUUAUAAUGACUUUUCAAUUAAAAUAGGAAAUGUUUUACCCGUAGAAUACGCGGAGAAGCAAGGAGAAUGUCCCGUUGGAGUUGUGGUCCGCUGCUUCUUCUGUGCUUGGUUUAUGAAGUUCAAACGCAAGUAGAAAAUCGAGUUGUAUUUCUUCCCGGGACAUUUCAAAAUGUGUCCCUCUCCCAGAAUGAGACGGUGCAGGUGGUGGUGUCCCGAGUCCAGACCGAUGCAGCCUUCAUCACUGUGCAGUUUCACACACAGCACCACAACACUACCCUCUCCUACACCAGGUUCCCAGCUGCGGGGGAGUCCCACUCGGCUGUAGACUCAGGACUUGUCUCUCCUCUGGACCCGGGGCAGACCUCCAUGAUCCUGUUCCUCUCGACAACCAACAGUGAACCAGUGUUUGGCAGUGGCAUCAUCCUGCCCUACUCCAGCUCUGACCCUGUGCCUGGAGGAUGUAACAUGGAGUUUAACCUGAACAUUGACCCAAACAUCUACAUUCACUACAACCUCUAUGAGACCACCAUACGCUUUGCUCCAGCUAAUUUAGGAGUCGUAAGAGGUGAACCUGCCCCAGCCUGCGACGCAACCUCUGGUCCGUUCUCUCGAUGGAGGUUGGAGUACGACGUCUUUCAGUUUUUCCUCCCAGAAAACGACCUCUCUGAACAUAGUCUGUUCAGGGCUCUAGAGACUGUGGUUGAUACUGAGGGCAUGGUCUCCAACGGCAACAAGGUGCUGACCCUGUCGUCUGCAGACCGCACAACAGCGGUCUUCAGCUCUAUCCCGGGGCAGGGUGUGAUCUACUCUGUGAUUGUGAGGGACCCUCUAUUAAACUCCUCUGCCUCCUAUGUCCCAGUACACACCUACGCCUGCAGCUUCUCCUCCACCCUCGACAGCUGCUACACCCUGGGUAAAAUUUCCACUAAAAUCUUCUUCACAAUCACUGGUUUGGCCGGUCUGCUCAUCUGCUUCCUUGGACACCGCUUCUUUAAAUGUGAGCUGUUUUGUAUGGGGUUCAGUUUCACAGCUUUUUUCUUCUUUGUGCUGAUCUCCAGGACGACUGAACUCGACUAUGACAUCCGGUUGGCCCUCUCGGCUCUGAUAGGGAUUGUGGGCGGCAUAAUCCUGGUCAUGAGCUGGUGGAGGUUCGGUUCUGUCAUGGCUUGUAUCAUUGUGGUUGGAUUAAUGUUGGGUUUCCUCAUCGCGUCCACUGUCCUCUUUACUCCUCUGGGAGACUUGGACAUUUUCAGACGCUCAGAUGCUGUUUACUGGGUGACUUUUUCCUGCAUUAUGAUCAUUGUCCCUCUGUUUUUCGUACGGUGGCCCAGACAGGGAAACAUUGUGACCUGUGGAGUGGUGGGCGCAUAUGCCGUGGUGUUAGCUGUGAAUGCUUUUGUUUACACCAGUCUGUCCUACAUCACCCUAAACAUCCUCAAACGCCUCCUCAACUCUAACUUCAGCGGCGCCUUCACAGAUGUGCCAUUUCAAAGCAUAGACUACAUCUUGCUGUCUGUAUGGUUGGUGCUUGGUGUCUCAGGCAUCACCCUGCAGUUGAUGAGGGAGAGAGAGCGCCCCUUUUUCCCUCCGAGUCCUUAUUUAAUGUGGCUCCAGGAACGAGAGCGACGAAAAACCAACGUCCUGGACCCCAGCCACCACUGCCCCCCCCUGCCCAACCGCUUCCUGUCUCGUGUGAGGCAGCUGACGCAGAGGAGUGAACCGGCCGGAGAGCACACACCUCUGCUGCUGUAGACGACACUGGAGAAUUAAUCAGGUGUAGCAUUUAGUUAGGCAAGAUGGUAUUAUCCAUUGUCUUUUUGUGGAUGAAGAGUUUCUCGUGGGUUUGACAUUGGGCAGGGACUUCUAAUUCAUUACUAUUUUUUCCCCACAAACUUAAAACAAAAAUUGGAAGUAAUGAAGAGUUUGGGCAGAUUGUAUGAGCAUCAUGUAUGAGUGAUCAAAAAUGGUUCUAAAUCUUCACACUGUAGUCACCAAGCACUGCACUCAAGUUAUCGAGUCAUUCAUUCUUGUAUUAAAAAGAAAUAAAAGAAACAUAAUUCCAAAUUAUGCUACUUACUUUUUACAUCUUUCAUAUAAAAUAAUCAUGCUCUAAUUUUUAUUUAAAUGUAACUGUCUGUUUUCUGUUGUCAUUCGUUUAAACCUUUGCACUACUAUGUUGUUUUAAUUGGGAUAGUCAAUUAUUUGGUCAAAUGUAGCAGCCUACCAUUAUCUACAUUACAUUUUGCACUGCCCCUAUCUGCUUUUUCCAAUGUACAACUCAACGCUACUAUCCCUUGGGUCAUAUAAUAAUUACAUUUUUCUUUUUUAACAUCUUAUUUGAGGAAUAUAUUUUGUAGGUUUGUUUCUCAGAAUUGUCUCUUGCAUUUAUUACCUAUUAACUAUAUUCGGGCCUUUAUUGUACUUUGCACACUGGACCUCUGAAAAUGUAAUGAUGCAAUGGUUAAAAGAAAAAAAGCUCUUGGCGCCAUCUACUGUUUUGUCAGGGUAAAAGAUGCUCUGAUUUUUAGAAAGAAACGCACUUAGUUUAUAAAUUCCACGUAUGGAAAUUCAAAGUAUGUUAACAUGAAUUGUCAAUGUUAUUUAACUUGUUUUGAAAUGUAAUAAAUACUGUAACAUUUUG